AUGGAUAUCUUGCAAAAGUUUAUGAAGCUUUGUGCAGAUAAGAAAUCUGCCAUCGGUUAUGGGUUUUUGACCCUUCUUACCGCUGGUGGGCAGCAGUUGUUCUCUAUGGUGGUUUUCCAGUGCCCAUGCACUGAUAGUAACCUUAUAUAUGGAUUUGUUUUUCUUUUUGCUCCUGCAGUAGUACUUAUGAUCAUCAGUUAUUUCCUGAACAGCAGAACUUGGAAAUUUUCUACCGGAUGCUGUCUUAAUCCCAAGAAGAUGUGCCCAAAGGGUUACCGCUGCCAAGGGAUGCACGUCUUUUUACAGCUGACACUGAAGUCUCUGAUAGUUCCGGUCAUGUGGAUUUCCAUAGCUCUUCUUCAUGGAUCCUUCUAUACCUGUGCAAUGAGUGGAUGGGAGAACCCAGUGUUUGUGCAGCAUCUGUGUAGAAACAAGUCUGAACAGUGUACGACACAAGUCUUCAAAGUAACCUGUGGCAAAGCAGCAAUGUCCGCCAACGAUAUACAAGAAGUCGUACUGAUUCUCCAAGCCCAGUCUCAGGUUUUAGGCUGGUGUCUCAUUGCUGUUCUGGCUUCAGUUUCUCUUUUAUGGACAUGUUGGUCUAGUUGUAAUUCUAAAGUCAGUUCUAUCCAAUUGUCAUUCUGGAGAAUUUAUAUUGAGAAAGAAAAAGAGAAGUUUGAUCAACUGGCUCAGGAAUAUGCAACCAAACUCGCAGAAAGGAAUCUUAGAAGUUUCUUUGAAAACAAAGAACCAACAGAAUUUGAGUUGCCCAAUAACAAGGCUUGGGAGAAGAUCUCUGCACUAUAUACCUUUAACCCUGACCACCAAUACUACAGUACUCUGCACAGGUUUGUAGAACAUGGUGACAAGGACUUCAGUGGAGGAGAAGUAAUGAUGGAUUUUGUAGAUGCACCAGUAUAA